UGUUCUUGUGUGCGACUGGAAGGUUGUGGGUUUGAUUCCCAGCUCAGGACAAGAUACUGAACCCCACGUUGCUCCUGACAGUGUCAUCAGAGGUCUGGUAAAGAACUUGCCUUCUGCAGCCACAGUUUGGCCCAGUUUGCUUCAUGGAUGUCAAGAGAAGGAAGAGCAGAGGAGACACUGAUCCACGUCUGAGGAGAGGACUAGCAGAGGAGACGCUGAUCCACGUCUGAGGAGAAGGAGGUGCUGAGCCAAGUCUGAGGAGAAGGAGGCGUUCAGGAGGAAGAGCAGAGGAGACGCUGAUCCACAUCUGAGAAGGAGGUGCUGAUCCACAUCUGAGGAGAAGGAGACGCUGAUCCACGUCUGAGGAGAAGGAGGCGCUGAUCCACGUCUGAGAAGGAGGCGUUCAGGAGGAAGAGCAGAGGAGACGCUGAUCCACGUCUGAGAAGAAGGAGGUGUUUAGGAGGAAGAGUGGAGGAGAUGCUGAUCCACAUCUGAGGAGGAGGCGUUCAGGAGGAAGAGCAGAGGAGACACUGAUCCACAUCUGAGGAGGAGGUGGCAUUCAGGAGGAAGAGUAGAGGAGACGCUGAUCCAAACUCUCAUCAUCAUCAUCAUCAGCAUCAUGGUCCUGACACGGUGACAUCACGACACACUCAUCAUCUGUUCUAUACCAUCCUGUCAAAUUAAUCAGUAUAGGAGCAGAGGUCACAGAGGAGAUGAAGGAAAAACCAGGCAGGGAAAGUAACAGAUGGGACUUGUGAGGAUUAGAGGAGAAAUCUGUGAGGUUUUCAGACGGGAAACUCACCCGAGGAGGCGCUGAGGAGGAAGAGGAAGAGCAGAGGAGACACUCAGGAGGAAGAGCAGAGGAGACGCUCAGGAGGAAGAGCAGAGGAGACGCUGAGGAGGAAGAGCAGAGGAGACGCUCAAGAGGAAGAGCAGAGGAGACGCUCAGGAGGAAGAGCAGAGGAGACGCUCAGGAGGAAGAGCAGAGGAGACGCUGAGGAGGAAGAGCAGAGGAGACGCUCAAGAGGAAGAGCAGAGGAGACGCUCAGGAGGAAGAGCAGAGGAGACGCUCAGGAGGAAGAGGAAGAGCAGAGGAGACACGAGAGAGGAGGAAGAGCAGAGGAGACACUGACAUAAACUCUGUGGUCAUCAUCCAGACAAAGACAGCACCGCAGUCACCAGACGUUAAUCCCAUCCACCUAACUCUGUGGGAUUAAUACAGAGAUUACCAGAGUUAGGCCCGAGAUUUGGGAUUAAUCCGCUCCUCGGCGAGCUCAAUCUCUCCUUCGGUGAGGUGCAGGCACAGGUUGAUGCCUUCAACGCGCAAAUGAUUAGUCGGCAAAAAUCUGCAGGAGAAGAUUUAGACGUUUUUUUUUCUGAUGGUGGAGCGGCGAUGGCUUCGUGUGUGGAGUCAAAGGUCACACGACAGAGAAGAGAGAGGAAGUCCACAUCUGUCUCUCGUAGUGAUUAAAUCACGUCAUCUUCUAACCUCUUUGUCCUCCUCCUCCUUAAGCCCCGCCCUUUUAUCCUGCCCUUUGACCUUUAUUCCAGUUCUCAAACAUCCUUAAUCCGCUCUCUCGACCUCGCCUCGCCGCCAUCCUCCAUGAAUCCGUUUCAAUCACCACGGCAACUAAUGACCACUCAAAACUGCUUUACUCUACAGUUCACACUCCUCUGCUCUCAGAGACCUGGUGGGGUCUCAACGUGGGGUUAAUCCUGCCCAAGGACACGUCGGCAUGUAGAUCGAACCCACAACCUUUGGGUUGAAAGACGAUCACUCUACCACUGAGCUACCGUCGCCUCCCACUCGGUCAGAUCGGCUCUUGGGGCCAUUUUUGUGAACCAGGACCGGUCGUCUGUGAGCCCGAGGCCUCGCUCGGGAGAGACAGGCAGCCAUGUUGGAGAAGAUGUCGCGGCGGAACCGCUCCCUCCUCUCGCUGUCGCUCACCUCGCUGGCGCUCACGCUGUCCGUGUCGGCGUUCUGCACGUCGUACUGGUGCGAGGGCACGCACAAGGUGGUGAAGCCGCUCUGCCUGUCGCCGGUCAAGAUGAAGAACUGCGGCCAGAACAACAGCCAGCCGUACACCACAGAGGCUCCGACUCCGGACCCGAGGAACCCGGCGCCAAACGUGACGCUGACUCCGCUGCAGAAGGAGGAACUGGCCCGGAUCAAGAAGAAGCAGCUGGCCAACGCCGUCCAGUACAUCUGGGAGACGGGCGAGGACAAGUACAUGCUGCGCUACUUCCACACAGGCUUCUGGCUCUCCUGUGAGAAACACAAUGAAGGUAACGAUCAGGAGGAAAAGUGUCGCAGCUUCAUUGAGCUGACGCCAGGAGAAACUCAAGGCGUCCUGUGGCUGUCCGUCAUCAGUGAGUGCAUGUACAUCGGUCUUCUGGCCAUGGGCUUCCUGCUCAUGUGUGUGGAAUCCAUUUGCCUCUGCGCUAAGAGGGAGAUGAAUGCGCUGAAGAUCAACGCCUUCGCCGCCAUGUGCACCGUCCUCUCCGGGAUGAUGGGGAUGGUGGCUCACAUGAUGUACACCACAGUGUUUCAGAUGACCGUCAGCAUCGGACCCAAAGACUGGAGGCCGCAGACCUGGGACUAUGGAUGGUCCUUCGCCAUGGCGUGGCUGUCGUUCAGCUGCUGCAUGGCCGCCGCCGUGGCGACACUCAACUCCUACACCAAGACCAUCAUCGAGAUGAAGCACCGGGCUCGGGUCAGGCUGGAGGACGCCCGCGCCGCCGCAUGCGCCCCUUCCUACGAGGAGGUUGUUCGAUCCGGCGGCGCCGGCGUUUACUCUGUCAGCCAGCUGAUCCAGCUCGGCCAGCAGGGGGCGCUCAUGGACCCGUUGUGGCCCAGAGGAGUGGGACCAGCUGUGGGACCUCUAGAGUGUGGCGCUGGGGGAGCGCUGCUGGUCGGCGGGGGAGGAAUCGGAGUCGGAGGAUUGGGGAUGGGAAUGGGAGGAGUGGGAGGAGUCGGAGGGAACGGUGUCGGGAUGGCAUUGGGGGCGGCGGGAGGAGUCGGGGGUGUGGCGGCGCUGGUGGACCCUCACGGUGUGGUGGUGAUGGAGGGAUGUGGCGUCGAGGGAUGUGAAGACUGCGAGCGGGAAAUGGACGAGAUGGAUUACGAGCUGCACGAAGACUGCGUGCGCGAAAGAGACGACUCACUCUGCUGAGAUUUCGGAAGACACUUGAACCUUUGUCUUUGUUUGUAUAUAAACGAUUCUAAAAAGAGCUUAA